AAAAUUUUUGAAUGAUAUUGCGUAGAAUAUCGUGUAACCGUUAUACGCUCUCCUCAGUGCUCCGUUUUCUGGGCACCACACUGCUGUUUGGUAAACAAGCUUGUGGUAGAGCAUGCAGCUAGCGUGGCUUUCAAAGACGAAAUUCCGACUGAUAGUUCAUAAACCCUCGGUUGUUAUCGCGCAGAUCCAGGAGUAAUGCAAUUCCGUAUUGAAAACUUGUAAAAAAAAAUUUUAAACCGUAUUUUCAUUAAAUCGAAGUACUCGUCACAACGAUGGAGACGAUUUUAUCGUACAUUUUAUUCCUGACCAGCGUCGCCGUGAUUCUUGUGACCUUUUUCUUCAUGAAAAACCGUGGACUCCCCAAGGGACCUUGGACUUUGCCAUUCAUUGGGGAUACGGCACUUUCUGAUAACAAAAAGUUUAUAUUUUUUCUGAGAAAUUUGGAGAGCAAAUAUGGACACAUUUUUCGAUUCAGGCAAGGAUCCCGUCACGUGACAGCGGUAGGUGGACUGGAGAAUAUUAAACAAGUUCUGGAGCAGAAGUCCUUGCUACCAUAUUGCCAUUGGUCCAACUAUAUUACGAAAGUCCAAGCAAUUCAAGGCCCCUCCUGGAACGGCGACGAACUUCUGAAAGUCCUUAGUCAGAUGUCAACUCAAACUGCCGACAAUUUUCUGAAAGAAAAGUCAACAUUAGAAGCGACCAUACUGGAGGAAGUUCGAUUCCUGCAGAGGGAGCUGUCAGCUGACAAAUGUCGACCAAUCAGCAUGCUGAAUAUUGUAUCUGACGCUGUUUACAACAUUGUAUCGGCAAUUACGAUUGGCGAAAGACUCGAGUUUGACAGACCAUCCUGUCGGCGGUUCAAGCAGUGUCUCCAGGAAAUAUCAAGGAACAGCAAUUUUGGUUUUUCGGAAAAUGGUGUUGGUUUUUUACCCCAGGUGUCCACCAAAAAGAGUUCAAAACUCCAGGAUUCUGUCAAGUACGUCCAAGAAUUCUUGGAACCAAGAUUAACCAAUCACAAAACGUCUUUGGUCAAGAAAGAAAUCCCUGAUUACAUUGACGUGUGUUUAAAUUACAACGCCAGAGAAGGGAAGAUAAUUAACGAUGAAGGCAUCCUCCAGGGGGUGAUAAAUCUGUUUACGAGUGGGUGUGAGCCGACCAUCAGUCUAACAAUGUGGUUGUUCCUGUUGAUGACGCGGUACCCGGAACUCCAAAAGAAAUGUCGCCAUGUUAUCAGUAUGCAGAUAAGGGAUGAUGAAUGCGUCGCCUGGGGUGCCCGGGAUAAACUUCCGUUCAUCCUUGCGACCAUACAGGAGGCGCAGAGAUUCUCUAAUCCUGUGCCUUACGGAUACCCUUACGAAGUUUCCUCUGAAAUAGAGGUAGGAAACUACAGAAUUCCCGAAGGCGACUUGCUCCUUUUGAACUAUCGGUCUUGUCACAUGGACUAUACCUACUGGAAACGCCCAGCGGAAUUCCGACCGGAAAACUUUACUGAUUCCGACGGGGACCUUGUCCACCACGAAGCUUUCUUACCGUACGGUUUAGGUCAUCGUUUUUGCGGAUAUAAAAACAUUGCAGACCAAAUUUUGUUCAUCGUUUUCACCAACAUCAUCAGUAAAUUUAACCUUCGCGCACCGGAAGACAACCCAAACCCAUCUCUUACGGCGGAAGAGGGCCUUAUACGAUAUCCCAAGUCGUACCACGUGAUACCAUAUCCUUUAGAAGACGAGAAACAGUGAAGUGGUUCGUGCCACUAUCUAAAGCUGAAGCAUGGACGCUGAUGUUUUAAGACAUAGUGUUGCAAUUAGAUUGCUUGAAAGCUAAAUGCAAAAUACUGACACGUUUCAGAGAAAAUUCUAGAAUAAAAUUAACACGACAGAAAGUACUUAACUUUCUGUUUCUUUCUCUUACACUUUUUUUCAUGUAAAAUUAUUUUUUCGAUCAGAAUUGCACUGAAACGUCUGUUAUGUUUUUGCAUUGUUCUUAUAGAAACAGUAACAGCAGUUAUUUAUGUAUGGAGGGGAAAUAUAAUUGAAUCAUUAUAAGCUUACAACAUGGGGUAGCCUGAUGAGGCCACAGGUGCCCGUUUGUUUACGAAAAGAUGAUCCAUGAACGUGAAUUUUGACAUGACUGAGGCUAUUGUUUACUAAAGGCUGGGUGUUAUAAUCUUGGAAAUAUUUUGCAUGUGUUUGAUCUAUUUUAUAAUAAAGUACGUAAGAAUCAAAAGAAGUUCAUUUUUGCGCGUGGUGGUUAAUUAAAGCGUUUAUCAAUGAAUAUGGCACUGUGAACUCCAACAGGGAGUAAAAUAUGGUAAUCCACAAUAAUUUGAAGCUAAGUUGUAAGUUUAAUUCCCUAAUCCCUUUUGCUCGAAGGUUCUAAACGCCAUCAUUUCAUUAGUACGCGGUUUUAUAAAUUCUUGUAGAUAAGAAAUGUUGAUUAUGCGUUUGAGGUCCCCCCCCCCCCCCAAAAGCUGCAGGCA